ACCGAAAGUUCACAGAAGCUUCACAUUUCUCUUUCCAGUCGCCUGUGAGUGUUUGAAGAAAGAAGAGGAAUCGGAUGUUAAUUGUGCUCAGAGAACUACUUGAUUCGUACUGCCAAACCGCCGACUUAUAAACUGUUAAGCACUCAGAUUUAACAGCCGGUGUCAUCUCUCCUGCGACAGCCAUGAGCAAUGGUCCAUCCAGAGGUUCCUCGCCGUACCAUCGCCGAUAUGACUUCGAAUCUGGUGUAAGCCGUGGAAGAGGAUGUGAAGAAGACGAUAAUGAAUGUUCCUCAGACCCCUUUGAUAUCAAGACUACCAAGAACGCUUCCUUGGAACGACUCAAGCGAUGGAGGCAAGCAGCUCUUGUGCUUAAUGCUUCUCGCCGAUUCCGAUACACCUUGGACUUGAAAAAGGAAGAGGAGAAAGAGCAAAUGAGAAGGAAGAUUAGAGCACAUGCGCAAGUCAUUCGAGCAGCACUUCUUUUCAGAGAGGCUGGGGAACGAGUAAAUGUAUUAGGUCCCUUGGUACCACCACACCCUACUGGUGAUUAUGCAAUUGGACGAGAGCACCUUGCAUCAAUGACCAGAGAUCAUAAUUUUUCUGCUCUACAACAAUAUGGGGGGGUUAAAGGACUAGCUGACUUGUUAAAAACAAACCUAGAGAAAGGUACUAUAGGAGAUGAUGCCGAUUUACUGUCUCGAAGGAAUGCAUUUGGAUCCAACACAUAUCCUCAGAAGAAAGGACGGAGUUUCUGGAUGUUUCUUUGGGAAGCAUGGCAAGAUUUAACCCUUAUCAUUUUGAUGAUAGCUGCUGCAGCAUCCUUGGCACUGGGAAUAAAGACAGAGGGUAUUAAGGAGGGCUGGUAUGAUGGGGGAAGCAUUGCCUUUGCUGUUCUUCUUGUUAUCGUUGUUACAGCUGUCAGUGACUAUCGACAAUCCCUUCAGUUCCAGAACUUAAAUGAGGAGAAGCGAAACAUACGGUUGGAGGUCAUUAGAGGAGGUAGAAGGGUGGAGAUUUCAAUAUUUGAUAUUGUUGUUGGUGAUGUUAUACCUCUUAAAAUUGGAGAUCAAGUUCCUGCUGAUGGAAUUUUGAUUUCUGGUCAUUCUCUUGCCAUUGAUGAAUCUAGCAUGACUGGAGAGAGCAAGAUUGUUCACAAAGAUCAGAAGGCUCCAUUUUUGAUGUCUGGAUGCAAAGUGGCUGAUGGUUAUGGAACCAUGCUGGUAACCAGUGUUGGUAUUAAUACUGAAUGGGGAUUACUGAUGGCUAGUAUCUCAGAAGAUACUGGUGAAGAAACACCAUUGCAGGUUCGGUUGAACGGAGUUGCAACUUUUAUUGGUAUAGUUGGUCUAUUAGUAGCGCUUGCUGUGCUGGUUGUCCUUCUGGCCAGAUACUUUACUGGACAUACGAAAGAUCCUGAUGGGACAGUUCAAUUUAUCCGAGGGAAGACAAGGGUUGGUAAGGCAGUGGAUGGGGCCAUUAAGAUUGUCACUGUGGCGGUUACCAUAGUGGUUGUUGCAGUUCCUGAAGGGCUUCCUUUGGCAGUUACCUUAACCCUUGCAUACUCAAUGCGGAAAAUGAUGGCGGACAAAGCCUUGGUAAGGAGGCUUUCAGCUUGUGAAACAAUGGGCUCUGCAACUACAAUCUGCAGUGAUAAGACUGGAACAUUAACCUUAAAUCAGAUGACUGUUGUUGAGGCAUACGUUGGUGGUGAAAAGAUGGAUGCUCCAGAUAAUGCUUUGCUGUUGUCUCCUACUCUAUCUUCUUUACUUAUUGAAGGCAUUGCACAGAAUACCACUGGCAGUGUUUUUAUGCCUGAGGGUGGUGGGGAUGUAGAGAUAUCUGGAUCACCUACAGAAAAGGCAAUCCUUUAUUGGGGUGUCAAGCUGGGGAUGAAGUUUGAUCGUGUCAGGUCUGAGUCAUCAAUUCUUCAUGUAUUCCCUUUCAACUCGGAGAAAAAGCGUGGUGGUGUUGCAGUACAACUGCCUAAUUCUGAAGUUCAUAUACAUUGGAAAGGGGCUGCCGAAAUAGUCCUAGCUUCAUGUACAGCAUAUUUGGACAAAAAUGGUUCUAGGGAACCAAUGGGUGAAGAUAAGGAUAAAGCUUUUAGGAAAGCUAUUGAAGAUAUGGCUGCGGGUAGCUUGCGCUGUGUUGCUAUUGCUUAUAGACCAUAUGAUUUGGAUAAUGUUCCCAAGGAGGAAGAGGAGCGAGCAGGAUGGCAGUUACCUGAGGAUGACCUAAUUUUGCUUGCUAUUGUAGGCAUAAAGGAUCCAUGUCGACCAGGUGUCAGAGAUUCAGUACAAUUAUGCAUUAAUGCUGGUGUUAAGGUUCGUAUGGUUACUGGUGACAAUAUCAAAACAGCAAAGGCAAUUGCUUUGGAAUGUGGGAUUCUUGGUUCUGAUGCUGAUGCCUUUGAACCAAAUCUCAUUGAAGGAAGUGUAUUCCGUGCCAUGUCUGACAAAGAAAGAGAGGAAGUAGCUGAGAAAAUAUCGGUAAUGGGAAGGUCUUCUCCAAAUGACAAGCUUUUAUUAGUGCAAGCAUUGCGGAAGAGGGGGCAUGUUGUUGCUGUGACUGGAGAUGGAACUAAUGAUGCUCCUGCAUUGCAUGAGGCAGAUAUAGGUCUUGCAAUGGGCAUUCAAGGAACAGAAGUUGCAAAAGAGAACUCGGACAUCAUUAUCUUGGAUGACAAUUUUGCUUCUGUUGUAAAGGUUGUCCGCUGGGGAAGAUCUGUCUAUGCAAAUAUUCAAAAGUUUAUACAGUUCCAACUCACAGUUAAUGUUGCAGCUCUUAUCAUUAAUGUUGUAGCUGCAGUUUCCUCUGGAAGUGUGCCUUUAAAUGCAGUGCAGCUUCUUUGGGUUAACCUCAUCAUGGAUACUCUUGGAGCCCUUGCUUUGGCUACUGAACCACCAACGGAUCACCUUAUGCAAAGAAAACCAGUGGGCCGAAGUGAACCUCUCAUCACGAAUAUCAUGUGGAGGAACUUAAUUGUUCAGGCUUUAUAUCAAGUUGUUGUCCUCCUUGUUCUGAACUUCCAUGGAAGGAGUAUUCUACACUUGAAAAGUGACACCAAUGCUCAUGCUGAUAAAGUGAAGAAUACCUUGAUAUUUAAUGCAUUUGUCCUCUGUCAGAUAUUUAAUGAGUUCAAUGCUCGGAAGCCAGAUGAAAUAAAUGUUUUCAGUGGAGUGACCAGAAACCACCUCUUUAUGGGUAUAGUUGGAAUCACGCUAGUACUUCAGAUCAUUAUCAUCGAGUUUCUGGGGAAGUUCACCUCAACAGUAAGGCUUAAUUGGAAGUAUUGGCUUGUUUCUGUUGCUAUUGGGUUUAUCAGCUGGCCCCUCGCUAUUCUUGGAAAACUCAUACCAGUACCCGAAACUCCAUUCGGUGAAUUCUUCAAAAGGCGCCGAAGUUGAUCCGUGCUUGAGGUAUUGGUGAAGCCUUUUCCUACGAUAAGUUCCGUCAUGAUGGGAUUGACCAGAAGUAGAAAGUGUGCUAGACUUGUCUGUUAGGGAAUCAGAAGUUAUACCAACCGCUUGACUAAUUAUAGGAAUUUGUGUUUUAGAUUGCUUUCUUGUGCCAUUUGGAACUCCGAAUGCUGGUUACCUUGGUGUGGGGGUGUUGAAAAUAUCUGGAAAAUGGUAAAAUUGUUAAACACUCUCUCUUUCUAUC